AGACGAGAGUCUUAAAAAAACACGCCGCAGAGGAUCCGGCCCGUUUCAACUUCCCAAAUCCCAAUCGCGAGAGGAGGGGGGCGUUUGCCGUUGCCGACCAUGUCGCAGCAGCCGCCGCCGCCGCCGCCGUAUCGGCCGUACAGGCAGGUGCGGGCGGCGACGCCCCACACACGCGCGGUCUCCUGCGUGCGCUUCUCCCCCUGCGGGCGCCUCCUCGCGACGGCGUCCCUCGACGGGACGGUCGCGCUGCUCUCCCCGUCCUCGCUCGCCGUAAUCGCCGUCCUGCGCGGCCAAACCGACGGCGUCUCCGACCUGUGCUGGUCCACGGAGUCGUUCUACCUCUGCACCGCCUCCGACGACCGCACCCUCCGCAUCUGGGACAUCCGCCCCGUCCUCGCCGGCGGCGCCCAGGCCGACCCCGGCGCCGACCGCUGCGUCCGCGUGCUCAGGGGGCACACCAACUUCGUCUUCAGCGCCAACUUCAACCCGCAGACCAGCUCGCAGGUCGCCUCCGGGGGGUUCGACUGUACAGUGCGCAUCUGGGACGUCAAGACCGGCCGAUGUACCCGUGCCAUCGACGCGCACAACGAGCCCGUCACCUCCGUGCACUUCAUUAGGGACGGCUCAAUCAUUGUCUCGGGAAGCCAUGACGGGAGCUGCAAGAUUUGGGACGCCAAGACUGGGGCUUGCCUCAAGACGGUCAUCGACGACAUGAAGCCCGCCGUGUCCUUCUCCAUGUUCUCGCCCAAUGGCAAGUUCAUCCUCGUCGCCACGCUUGAUGACUCACUGAAACUAUGCAACUUUGCUACCGGCAAGUUCUUGAAGGUAUACAGUGGACAUGUGAACAGAGUAUACUGUAUCCAGUCUGCGUUUUCCAUUACAAAUGGGAAGUACAUUGUAAGUGGAUCAGAAGACAACUGUGUGUACAUAUGGGAUCUGCAAGGGAGAAAUAUCCUUCAGAAACUGGAAGGCCAUACUGACACUGUCGUCUCCGUGUCCUGCCAUCCAACAGAGAACAAGAUUGCUUCCGGUGGCCUUGAUAAUGAUAGGACUGUGAGACUAUGGGUUCAAGAUAGCUGAACUUUGCAAAACAAAAAAAAUUGUAGGGAUAAUUAGCUCUUGUGAACUUUACUCAAACUGAAAGCAGCACUUACAUCUCAGGUGGCAAAAGAGACAUUAAAGUUGACCUUGCAGUACACUGUUUUAAGAUAAUGUGUUAGAAUGUCGACAGAUGAACAGAUCUCCUAUUGUUAUAUGAGAUAUGUGCACAGUGGCUGUUGUCAAAUACUCGAAUCAAUAUUGUCCUCAUAAUUUGUGAAGGUGCAGCCUCUAGCUGUGUAGAUUUAUGAACA